GAUACAUUAUGGAUAUCAACUUCAUUUACACUAUGAAGAGAAAGGAUUUUGGUAAACCCUGUAUCUUUACCGAUGUGGGGCCGAAUGUAAUCAUCGAUAUCGAUCCAGACCCAGGACUUCGAAAAGAAUUUCAGCGUUUACGUUCUAUGAAUCGAGAAAUCGAUAAUUCUGCAAAAAUGGCCGCCCAUGAAGUUAAUACACUGUCCUAUCCGACAGAGAGUAGGGGCAUCUGCCAUACCGAAGGAGGUUGGCCUGCUAGUGUAGACACUACCGAUGAAGAAAGCAUGACCAGAUUUCGAAAAAAAGCGGACAAAGAUAAAAGCUAUGUUAAUACCGUUAAAACUUUAGCCGAUUUUGUUGAAAGCUAUAUUAUGGAGAAUAAUUCGGUAGAUAUAUACGAAGAAUAUUUCGAAGGUGAACGCAUCAAGAAAGGAAAGGAAGCACCAUUCAAAACAUUAAAUAUUUUUAGAGAUAUCAGUACUAAACGAAGAAGCGUUAUGAACAUUUCUUGGUCAGCAGAUCAGUCGAAAUUCGCCGCCGCGUAUGCUUUCGUUGGAAUGGAUGAUUAUCCCGUUGAUGUAGUCACUGACUCUUACGUGUGGGACAUCGAAAAUUAUUUAACUCCUUACUGUAUACUAAAAGCAGAUGUGACUUUAAAUUGCAUCGAAUAUUCGCCGUAUGAUUCAAAUAUAGUGCUUGGUGGUUAUAGCAAUGGGCAAAUAGCUCUGUGGGAUCUGCGAACUGGAGGUUAUCCUCAACAACUGAGCGCGGUACAUGUGAGUCACACACAAAAAGUAUCUGGACUGAAAUUUCUACGAACAUGGAAUUCGAUGGAUUUCUUUACUGCGUCUACCGAUGGAAAAGUCAUGUCUUGGAGUACUAAAAAUUUGUCGUUUCCAACGUCAGAAUUAGUUCUUGACCCUAGCGAAAGUGAAAUAACAAAUUUGGAUGCAAAAUAUACAGUAAGCUGUGUGGAAUAUGAUCCAACUUUACGUGAUAAAUUUAUGUUAGGAACUGAGCAAGGAGCAGUUCUGUCUUUCAAUAGGAAAGGUAAUUCUAAAGCAGAUUGCUUAAUUGCAAAAUAUGAUACUUCAUCUGGGCCUUUGCUGAGUCUCGAGAGAAAUGCUUUUUUCCCACAGAUGUUUGCGUCUUGUGAUGCAUGGAAUGUCAACGUUUGGACUGAAAGUGCCACAGAUAUUCCAAUUUUAAGUUUAAAUAGCGAAGAUGGCUAUUUCACUGACCUCUCAUGGAGUCCAGCACGUGCUUCUUUACUUUAUCUCUCGAAAACAAAUGGCAAACUUGAAAUUUGGGAUAUACCUGGCAAACAUUCGCAACCUAUUUCAAAUCUGCAGCUUGAAAAGGAACCUUUAUUUUGUGUUUGCACAGAUGAACAAGGCCAUCGUUUAAUCUGUGGCUCUGUUUCUGGAUAUAUUCAUUUAUUGCAAGUCCCAGAGUAUUUUAAAACGAUAUCCAACAUCGAAAUGAAUCUUGUCGAAGCAGCCGUGAAAGCUGGAGGAGAGAACACACAGGGUAAAUCAAGACAUGCGAGACUUCAUGAAAUGGAAGAAGACAAGCCAAGUGAUCUAGGAUUUGAAUACUGGUGGGAUCCACCUGAAAAAGCUGAAGAUUUAUAUGAAGAAUAUAAGAAUUUUUUUUAACUAAUUGUUGACUUGCAAUGGAGCGUGAAAAUAACUUAAACAAAUUUUCGUAAGCAAUAUCACGCCUUGUUCGAAAGCAAAUUUUGUUUUGAAAAUUGUGUUAUUUCUUCUAGUUAGUAUUACUAUAUUAGAAUUAGAGAAGUAUUUUCAAAACGUGAAUGCACCAGAUGUUAAUGUAAAGAAUAAUACUUUUCCAUUUAUUGCAAAUGAUAUAUAUACAUAUCAAGGUCUGAAAUCGCUUUAGCAGCCAAGGAUUGAAAACUUCAUUUAGAAUAAUAUAUGCAUUUUAAUUCCUCCAGAAUAAAUUAUGCGUUAAAAGAGCUUUAACUUCAUUUUCAUUGCAUUAAGCCUUAAACAAAUUAAUUAAUUUCAUGCUAUAUAUAAAAUCUUGUAACUGAAAUCUAUUCUUCAUAUUCAGGAUAUCUGUCACAUUUGUAUACAAAACGAACUAUUCAUCUAAAAAUGCCAACUGCAGAGUUAUUUUGCUUUUAUUCCUUUUUCCUUCUUCUAUUAGUUACAAAAUUACCUAAAUUUUGUAUAAAAUUAUCAACUGUUCUGUUAGUAAAUGUCAUUGCUAAUAUCUUGCUCUUUACUAUGCUCU